AUGGCGUCGCUGAAGAAGGUCAGCACUCUCGGGAAGCGCAAAAAAUCGAUCGAUGCGGAAGACGUGAAGAAGAUCGAGGAGAAGGAUUUGUUCGACCCCAAGAGCGUAUACGUGUCGUUAACGUCCCACGCCGAAACAUUUGGAGUCGAGCCCGUGCGCGUAAAGUGGGGACACUCCAGCCCUGACGCGAGAGGACCGAUCAUCGGCACGAACCGCCAUGACAAGUAUCGUAACGCGAUCGGAGCUCACGGUGGGUCGUACUGUAUCUACCGAGGCCUAGCUGUUGCCUCUGGUGCGCUCGACAAGGCGGCGAACCCUGACUUGUCCAAGACUACCCCCGCAGCUAAGAUUGGACCGUUUCCUGCCUGGGGAAACCCAGAAAAGAUUGUGACGAUCGAUCCUUUUGGACAUUGUGUCUUGGAAGCGUUUCCAGAGCAUUUCGAAAAAGGUUAUGACAUCCGACCCACUAUUGCUGUCACGAAGGCCCACAUGGACAUGCAGGAAAUCCACGAGGCGGUGCGCAAGGGUCGACUGAAGCCCGACGGAAAGAUUUUGAAAGAAACGUGCCAGCUGGUUAUCACCAAGGCAGCGAUCGACCCUGUCUGGUACUUGCCAGGCGUCGCCAAGCGCUUCCACACGACCGAGUCGAACCUGCGCCAGCAAAUCUUCCAAGAAACCAAUGGCAUGUACCCCGAACUGGUCACGCGCAACGAUCUCAAAAUCUUUCUUCCUCCCAUUGGCGGGUUGACCAUUUACAUAUUUGGAGACGUGGCAGCGAUCACCGACCCGAAGAAGAAACUGGCUGUGCGAGUCCACGACGAGUGCAACGGUUCGGACGUGUUUGGUUCGGACAUUUGCACAUGUCGCCCAUACUUGACUCAUGCCAUCGAGGUCUGCGUCGAAACUGCGCAGCAAGGCGGCGCCGGAGUGAUUGUGUAUUUCCGCAAGGAAGGUCGCGCGUUGGGCGAAGUGACCAAGUACUUGGUCUACAACCUUCGAAAGCGUCAGGAAGGGGGGGACUCGGCCGCCGAGUACUUCAACUGCACACAGGCCGUGGCAGGAAUUCAGGACGUGCGGUUCCAAGCGCUAAUGCCGGAUGCGCUGCAUUGGCUUGGCAUCACCCGAAUCGACAAAUUUGUGUCCAUGAGCGACAUGAAGUACGAUGCCAUUGUGAACUCGGGAAUUGAAAUUGUCGAGCGUGUACCGAUUCCACAAGAAUUGGUUCCCCAAGACGCGCAAGUCGAGAUCACGGCCAAGGUGUUUGCGGGGUACAACGGCGGCACCGUUUUCAAAAAGUUGGACAAGGAUGCACUCAAAGAUGUCAAGGGUCGCGGCAACGAAGACUACGAAGACGAUGGCAGCGGAGCGGCGUAG